GAAUCAUCAGCGAUCAAAUCCCACACAAAAAUGUUUGCUCGUAUCCUUAAACCAAGCCUAGUUUUACGCAGAGGCGUAACCACCUCCGCCUCCUUGCGCUACAAGGAUCCUAUUUACCAAACUUUUCUGGACAAGGUGCGUGAGUAUCGGCUGAAGAGUCCCAAGGGAAAACCCGUAGAUCCUGGUCCGGAAUUCGAUUUGGAACUAAAAGAAGCCACUGAGCGUUUGGCUCUUCAAUAUGGUGGCGGCGAGGGCGUUGAUUUGCUCCAGUUUCCCAAAUUCCAGUUUCCCGAUAUAGAUAUUGAUCCGAUUUCGAUUCUGGAUUUACCCGAAAACCAACCAAAACCUGAGAAAAAAGGCGACAAAAAGAAAGAUGAUAAAGAAGCUAAGGCUAAAGAUGAUAAGAAAGCUAAGGGCGGUGGUAAGGAGGAGAAGGCUAAAGAUGAUAAGAAAGAAAGGGAGGCAAAGGGCAAGGACGAAAAGGACAAGAAAAAGUAGUGCCUAACUGAGCCUAGUAAAAAGGUUUUUAAAUAUUUUUCAGUUCUUGGAUAAAUUUGAAUAAAGUUCGUAUAUGGUUUUAAAUUA